GUCUUCAUCCUUCGCACUGUUAGUGGUGCAGGACCUUCUACUUCAAGCUGGAGCCACGCUGGAGGUCCUGCACCACUCCGGAUAACUGAGAAAACAAUAAAGAGGCCUCAGUGCAGGGAUUGUAGUGAAGGAGUGUGUUCUAUCAUGGAAACUCAGAAAACCUCGUCUCGCAAGUCCAAGCAGCCAGUGAAGAGGCCCCUAGGGAUUCUCCAUCCACCCAAAACCAAGGGAACUCGAACAACUUGGCACAGGAAAAGCAUGGAACAGAGAAGGCGCUUUACCCCGAGAGCCCGAGCACUGAUGGAAGAAAGCGAGUGCCAAGAAUUAAUCAAUCUGUAUAAAUCGAAAUUCCCAAUUAUGGAAUUGUUAAUAGAAGUUCUUUUGGAUUGUUGUAAAGAUAGAAUUCGCUUGUGGCAAUCAAAGGCCGUUGAGUGUCUUUAUGAGGUAUCUGAAAUCGUCCUCAACCUGAUCUUUCGAAAGGCUUACGUGUCCUCUCUCCUCGACAAGAGGGACACCAUCUCAGUAGAAGACAUAAAGUUUGUAGGGAGAUCCCAUGGAAUCACAAAAUGAGCGGAAAAAUACUGGAUAAAUGUUAAAUUAAUGUUCUGUUUUAUUUAGUUCUAAGUUAAUAAGGAUAUUUUGGAAAGAUGUAAGAAUUGUGUUGCUCACAGCAUUCAGUGGUUUGUCUGAUCUUAUAUGUUUAUACAUUAAAGAGAAUCAGUAAUCAGUGUUACCCGCACCGACCUGUAGUGCGGGUGACACUGAUUACAAUUAUAUUUACCACGGGCCGACCAGUGGCCCUGUUCAACUGUUAUUCUUCUUAUUCGGUUUAUGCAAAUCACCAGGCUGGGUGUCACCCGCACUACAAGCCAUACCAACAGGUCAGUGCGGGUGACACUGAUGAUAGAUUUCUAUUAAACUAAAGGGCCACCAGUUUUUGAUUAAAAUAUAAAUGUUAU